AUGCAGCUCUCCGUCGCGUACGUCGCUCUCGCGCUCGCCUCGCUCGCCGCCGCCGCGCCAAUCCAGCAGCAGCGCGGCUUUGGCGACUGGGUCUCGCAGCAUGCCAACGGUCUUCAGGAUGCUGCAGCAAGUGCAGCCGGCCUCGGAGUUGCCGGUCCCGUCGGCGCCAUCGCCGGCAAGCAUAUUUCGGACCACCUGCAAGGCGAUCGCCGCGCGGUGCUCGUUGAGGACGACGCGGGCGUCCGCCGUUGGAACCCCAUCUCUGAAAUCAAGGAGCACGCCAAUGGACUCACAGACAUCGGCGCGGGUAUCGCGGGUGGAGUCGCUGGCUCUCCCGGGGGGAUUGGUGGUGUCUUGGGCGGUGCAACGGCCGGCAUUGCACUUUCCGACAAGCUGCAGGGCGAGCGACGCGAACUUUUUGGCGAGCGUGGCACUCCGAUGGACUGGAUCGAAGACAACCAGGAUACGAUUCAGGAUCUGGCUGGCAUCGGGAUCGGAGCGGCUCUCGGAUCGGCUGGAGGGCCCGUCGGGGCGGUCGGCGGUGCAGCUGCUGGCGCUGCCGUGACCAACUCGAUCCAGGACUCCUUCGACAACCGCCGCGCCCUCGAUGACCGUGGCGUCCUCGAUUGGAUGGAGGAGCACCGCAACGGCGUUCAAGACGCCACGAUGGGUACGAUCGGGGGCAUCUUGGGCGCUCCCGGAGGGGCGGCUGGUGUGAUUGGCGGCGCCGCAGCGGGCGCCGAGCUGAGCGACAAGUUCCAGGGCGAGCGGCGCAUGCUGCGCGUCGCGCCGGAGCCGCGCCCUUAUACGACGCUUCCCUACGUCCGUCCCGACGGCCCUCGCUUCCACACGCAUCCCGUCGUCGCUCGUGGCGUCGUUGAAGAUCUCAAGCAGACGGCCGAAGGCGUGGCGCAGGCCGUCGACGAGCACGCCGAUGACGCCGCACACGCGUUCCUCGAGCAGGGCCGCAAGGCGGCCCUCGCCGUCGCCGAUCAUCUGCAGGCUCGUCGUGCUGUCACUGAUGAGCCGGGCAAGAAGCUCAUCGAUGAUGCUCACAAGGCGCUCGUCGAGUUUGCAAAGCACGUCAAGCCGGUCACGCUCGUCGCCUGA